AUGCCGUACGAAAGCUUUACAACACAAGAACAGGUGGAGAUCACUGAGGUCGUGCAGGACUCGUUCACCAACGCAUGGAUGUACGUGCUACACGUGCAACGCGGCAACACGAGCACGCACUCGUCGCCACGUGGGCCUGUAGAGGAGGGUUUCACGCAUGAGUACAUCAUUAGCCGUCGCUUUAGUGAGUUCAAGCAGCUCCACAUGGCACUAGCGUCCGUCAUGGGCGAUGCGCUCACGCCACUUCCAGCAGACGGACUCAUGUCGAUCAUUCUGGCGGAUAAUCAGACGCUACUAGAAGAGAGGCGAGAAGUGCUCGCUCAGAUUGUUAUUGACAUUUUGAACCACCCGGUGGCACGUGACCUGCCAGACGUGCUGGAGUUUUUGGGUCAUGAGUCUAUUAGCGCCAAGGUCAUGGGACCGCUAUCAGGUCAGUGUCAUGGCUCUAUCCACAAGACAUCAAGUCCCGCUUGGACGGCACUUAACAUCUCUUGCCUAGCAUCAAUCAUGUCGUUGUAG